AUGCAAUUUACUUAUCGAGUAGGCCGCGGCGGCCGCCUGGCUAUUGUGCUGGCGUACAUCGCGGCGUGGUGCGCGGCGUGGCAGAGCGCGCGAGCGGCAGACACGUACUUCUGCCAGGAGCUGAUGAAGGAGACGGUGGGCGCGUGCCCCGACGUGCAGACGAGCAACACCUUCAUGGCGGAGUUCUUCCAGGGCAAGUGGUACGAGAUCGGGUCGACGGCGGAGUCGAAGCUGGAGGUGAGCGGCGAGCUGGGCAUGUCGUGCGUCACGUACAACUUCGUCUUCCGCGGCAUCAACCACAGCCUCAACAGAUUCAGUGUGGUAAAGCGCGGCAUCCGCAUGACGACGCCCGCGCGCCAGUCGCAGAUCCAGGGCCUCUCCAAGUCCGCGCUCGCCGUGCGCGACCACCUGCGCUCAGUCUGCGCCGCCAUCGCGCGCCCCCCCGCGCAGGGCAGCUCCGCCACGCUGCAAGUGAGCAACGCGCAGCAGACGCUCUCGUGGGCGGAGCUCCCGAACGACGUCGAGGCGGACGUCAAGGUCGCGCUGAGCGACAUCGCGAAUUCCAUGGCGCAGGUUUCCGCGCGCGCGGAGCGCGCGUACAACCUGCUGGCGCGGAUCCAGCAGCUGAACGCGCAGCUGAGCCAGAUGGACCGCGUGUUCUUCAUCUGGCAGACGAAGCAGAAGCUCGUGAGCGCCGUCAAGCAGCUGCAGAGCGAGUCGAUUGCCAUCAACAAGGGGCGCGUUAGCAUCAUGAAGUCGGCGCAGAUCGCCACGCGGCGCGUGAACAAGGUGGAGAACAAGCUCGGCAACCUGCGCGGCAAGCAGACGCUGCUGCUGAACCUGAACGACAUUGUGGGGCUCACGCGCAACGUAAGCGGGUUUGGGCGCGCGACGGGGCGCAUGGGCGCAGCGACGGCAUCAAUGCGGCCAAUGGCGGGGCUCAUGUUCUCCAACCCGCUCGCCAUGCGCUUCUCCUACUCCGCCAUUGGCGCCGUCACACAAGUGGAAGCCUCGCAGGUGGGCAAGAUGCAGGUGACGUACGGCAACGGGCGGGGCGUGGUGGAGAACAUGUGGGUGACGGGGCUGUGGGGCAACCAGGCGAUGUCAGACUCGUACAGCAUGGCACUCAUCUACUCAUGCUUCGUGCCGCCCGCCAACAUUGGCUCGGGGAGAACAAGCGAGAUCUCCUUCCGCCUUCUGUCCCGCUCCCCAUCUGUCUCACAAGCGGAUGUUGACUCGGCGUUGCAACUGCUGGAGCAGCAAGGGGUCCCAAUGGGUGGACCCAACCCGUAUGUGCCAACCUUCCAAGCCCCGUCACGGGAUCGACCAUCAUUCCCGAUCGCAUUCGGCGCGAAGCUCGCCGUAGACAUCGCAAGCAAGCCGCGGCCUCAACAACCCUCGCCAAUUCGCGGUUGCGACAAGGGCCAGCGCGAUCCGCUGCCGCCACAGCAGCAGCAAUGCACCAUUCGCGCCCUGGACGCAAGGAAGCCGUUCAACGCGCCGCAGCUUAGCAUUCCGUCUGACGUAUCCAGCAAUCCAGGCGACGACGCGUCGUUCUGCUCCUCGCCAGCGUCGUUCCCCGUCCUCCCACUCUUCUCCCAUCACUCCACCGCCAAACCGCCGUCCGCCUCCCGCCCCCCCGCGAGAUCCCCGCGACCGUCGCUACCCCGUCCGCGCUCCCCAUGCCCCUUCGACUUCUCCGCGCUUUCCAACAGCCCGCGCCGCUCGCCGGGGACCACCUUCGGCAGGCCCGCACGACCAGCCACGGCUCCUGAUCACACGCCGCCGCCUAAUGCGGCAUACCCGUGCGAUGAGGAGAGCCCGCGAUCAACGGACAGUGCCGCGGCUCCAGCGCCGGCGAUGGCGGCGCAGCAAGCGCAGUGGUUCAUCCUCCCCGUUCAACGCCCAGAGGUUGUUCGCGCCGCCGCGCAGACCGGCCGCUGCGCGUCACCCGACACGCCCUUGGGAUUCGUGACCUCCCCCAACGCCUCGUCCGCCAACGCCUCGUCCCCCUCCAGCCAUCCCGCCCGUGGCGCUAAGCCGCGCUCAUCCCUCUCCUCGCUCCCGCCCUCCUCCCCACGCCCGCCGAUCGCCGCCGACUCCGCCGCUGGGGGAUUCGCAGCGGAGGAGCGCGGCUUUGGGGGAGACUACGAUUAUCCGGAGUCGAACCGCCUUGUGAUCGCUGGUAACAGCAGCCGCAGCGUGUCGAGUUCAGGCAGCGUGGAAUGCGGAGAGCCUUUAACGUCCAGCCUCGGCGAUACUACUGCCGCCGCGAUCGUCACGAAACCCGCGACUGUAACCGCUCGGCGGAGCUCCGAGUCUGACUUUGCCGCGAAGCGCGCCGCCGCAGACGCCGCACGGCCCGCGCCAAUGGGGUUCCGCAGCGCGAGCUUCUGCGGGCGGGCAGAAGGGCGAACAGCCAUGGGGACGGAGGCGCAGGCGGAAAGAGUGUUCCCCAGGAACAGGGGCGCCUCGAUCCCGACCUGUAACAUGCCACGUGGCGCCGGUUUAGUGGCUGCUUGGGGUGGCAUCGCGAGUCGCGCUCCUCCGUUGGCGACGUCGCGUCAGGAGGAGGCGGCGGAGAAAGCGGCGGAGAGGCCGGGGGAGGCGGAAAGAGAAGGGGACCGACGAGUGGUCCUGGAUGACGUCAGCGACGCAGCCAGCUGCGGGCCUAGCAGUGUGAGCGACGGUUGGGGUGGCAGCCAUGGGGGCGAGGCGGAGGAAGGCGACCGGGGAGGGGACGCAGGGGAGGAGGAGGGCGGAUCGGAAUCUGAUUGGGCUAGCGAGUCAACAAUGUGCCUCAACCUUGAGAGCGUGGAGCAGCUAUGUGCGCAGAUGGAGUUUCAGAAGAAGACAAUCGAGGCCAUCCAGAUUGUCGCGGUCCCUGCGCUGCCCCAAAUAAGCCGGGAGAGACCCAGAAGGGCGCUCAGCAGAGCAGCUGCAGCGGCAGGUGCAGGAGGCAGCAGAGGAGACUCAGAAGCGUGCUCAGCAGCAGGAUGGCCUCUGAAGACCUUGUGUGUUAAGAGCUCUGCCAGUCUCAUGGCGCUGCGCUUCACUGGAUCGCUCACCUGGCACACUCCAGGCGACCCAGAGCUUUGGGAGCGAGGCACGGUCAUGUAG